CUUCUUUUCAACCGGGGAAAGCAGCCGGUAGGUAUAAAGUCAGGUGGUUCUUGAGGGCGAGCAUCCAGUAAAGUCUGGACUUUGGUCACAGCGAUACCGGAACUAUGCGGCUAUUGGUGCUGUUGUCUCUGGUAGGCCUGCUGGCCUUGGGAUCUUGCGAGAAGGACGCGUCGCCGAAGUCGGUCGAGGAUAAAGAGGACUUGGCGUCAGCCUCGGAGAAGAAGCAGGACAAGCGAGGCCUGGUGGACGUUGGAAACCACGGUUUCAAUCUGGGCUCCGAGUUGGGCGGAAGCCACAGCUUCGACCUGAGCGGUGCGGGACAUGGAGGUUCGUUCGGGGGUGGCGAAAUCGGCGGGGGUCACGGGCUGGACUUGAGCGGCCAUGGGGGUUCGGGUCAGAGUUACGGGGGUGGCUACGGCGAUGAUGGGGGGAAGAUAAAGCAGAUAACGAUAGUGAAGAACGUGAAGAUUCCGUACCCGGUUGAGAGGAAGAUACCGUACCCGGUCGAGAAGGAGGUACCCUACCCCGUUAAGGUUCCCGUUCCACAACCUUACCCCGUAGAGAAGCAGGUACACUACCCGGUCAAGGUGUACGUAAAGGUUCCGGUUCACAUUCCGCAGCCCUAUCCAGUCGAGAAGAAAGUCCACUACCCGGUUCACGUCCCGGUGGACAGACCAGUGCCCUACAAGGUGUACGUGCCACAACCCUAUCCGGUUGAGAAGAAGGUCCACUACCACGUUAAGGUCCCGGUUCCGCAGCCCUACCCCAUAGAGAAGCCUGUGCCGUAUCCGGUCAAGGUUCCGGUACACGUGCCGCAGCCCUUCCCGGUCGAAAAGCCGGUACCUUACCCGGUGAAGGUGCACGUGGACAGACCGUAUCCGGUACACGUCGAUAAGCCGUACCCAGUUCCCGUAGACAAGCACGUUCCCGUUCCGGUAGAGAAGCCGGUUCCAUAUCCGGUCAAGGUACACGUUGAGAGACCGGUUCCCGUUCCGGUAGAGAAGCCGGUGCCCGUUCCCGUCAAGGUUCCCGUCCCUGCGCCCUAUCCCGUAGAGAAGAAGGUUCCUUAUCCGGUCGAGAAGCCUGUUCCGUACCCCGUUAAGGUACCGGUUGACAGACCGGUUCCCGUUACCGUCACGAAGCAUGUUCCCUAUCACGUCGUCAAGCAUGUUCCAUACCCCGUGAAGGUCCCGGUACCAGUUCACGUCCAGGAAGAGGAUGGUGGUCUUGAAUCGGGAUACGGCGGUGGUGGCGACGUCGGAAAGACUUCCGUUGGUGACUACGAGUCCAGCUUUGGCGGGUACCAGGAGUCUCACCAUGGACACUAGGGACCAUGGUUUUUUUUGAGGUCUACUUGUACCUUUUUACGUUCGGCCAUUGCUACGAUCGUGACUCUUUUCGACGGGUGCGAAAGGGGAAAAAUAAACCUAAACUCGGAAGCUCCGUAGCAACGAGUCUAAUGCAUGUACCUGUAUUAACGUAUCCUACGAUGUAUCGUUUAAUUGUCUUGUAUACACUUUCUAAUAAAAACCAAAGAAGAAAAUAAA